UGGUAGGGGUGUAACCUAACUUCCCUUAUAACCCCAUUGAAAUCCAAACACACCCUAAUAUUCAACAUAAUAAAUUCCGAGAAAUCAAACUUUUACACCAGAAUAUCCCAUCCCUACCAGCAAACGUUGUCAGUUGAUUGGUCUGAACUGAACCUCGUCAUCUCUCUCUCUCUCUCUCUCUCUGGCUUCAACAACAACGCCAACUCCCUUACCUCGUCCCCUCCCUCCGCUCCCAAGACACCGCCGAAUCUGGACCCGUUCCAAUGUCACUCCCAAUCCGACCCCCAAAAUGGACCUCCCACCGCCGCCUCCUCGAGCACCACAUCGCCGACCUCCACCACUGCUCGAGCCCCAGCCACCUCAAACAAAUCCACGCCCAAACCUUCAGGUCCAAUCUCCAUCAAGACCCCUUCAUUGCCCCGAAGCUCAUCUCAGCCUACUCCCUCACCCGCUUAAUCCCUCACGCCCUCAACGUGUUCGACCAAAUUCCCCACCCAAACACUCUCCUUUUUAACACCCUCAUCCGCGCUUUGACCCAUAACGCAUUGCAUGAGAAAGCAUUCUUGGUUUUUUUCAGGAUGCAGAAGGAUGGGGUUUUGGCCGAUAAUUUCACUUACCCGUUUCUCCUGAAGGCUUGUGGUGGCCAAUUCGGGUUGCGGAAGGUUGAGAUGAUUCAUGCCCAUGUCGUGAAAUUGGGUUUUUUGGAGGAUAUCUUCGUGCCCAAUUCGUUAAUUGACUCGUACUCGAAGGCCGGGAGUUUGGGUAUUGCCUCAGCUAAGAGGUUGUUCGAUGAAAUGCCGCGUAGAGAUGUUGUUAGUUGGAAUUCGAUGAUUGCUGGAUUUGUGAGAGCUGGGGAAUUGAGCGAAGCUAGGAAGUUGUUUGAAGAAAUGACUGAAAGAGACACAGUUAGUUGGAAUACUAUGUUAGAUGGACAUUCAAAGGCCGGAGAAAUGGACAAAGCUUUUGAGUUGUUUCAGAGAAUGUCUGAGAGAAAUGUGGUUUCAUGGUCUACUAUGGUGUGGGGAUAUUGCAAGGUGGGCGAAAUGGACAUGGCUCGAAUGCUUUUCGAUAAGAUGCCAUUGAAGAACUUAGUCCCUUGGACCAUAAUAAUAGCUGGGUAUGCAGAGAAAGGACUUGCGAAAGAAGCUUCUUGCUUAUUGGAUCAGAUGGAAGAAACUGGAUUGAAGCCAGAUGAAGCGACCGUUAUAAGCAUCUUAGCUGCGUGCGCUGAGUCAGGCCUGCUCGGCCUUGGCAUGAGGAUUCAUUCGUACAUAGAGAAUUCGAAAUUGGGGUUCAAAAUAGAAGUUUGCAAUGCUUUGAUUGAUAUGUAUGCAAAGUGUGGGAAUUUGGACAAGGCAUGGAGCGUCUUUGAAGGGAUGAGAGAGAGGGAUUUAGUGUCUUGGAACUCAAUGGUUCAGGGUUUAGCCAAUCAUGGGUAUGGCGAGAGAGCAUUGGAACUAUUUGAUAAAAUGGUAGCAGAAGGGAUUAAGCCGGAUAGUGUUACUUUUGUUGGUGUUCUUUGUGCUUGUACUCAUGUAGGACUUGUUGAAGAAGCUCGUCGGUACUUUACUAGUAUGAGGAAGGACUAUGGAAUUGUCCCUGAAAUCGAGCAUUAUGGUUGUAUGAUAGACAUUCUUGGUCGAGGGGGUCUUCUAGGAGAAGCAUUUGAUCUAGCAAAGACUAUGCCUUUAGAGCCAAAUGCAAUUAUUUGGGGUACCCUUUUGAGUGCUUGCAGAGUUCAUAACAAUGUAAACCUUGCAGAGGAGGCAGUAGAUCAAUUGAUUAACUUGGAGCCAUCUGAUGCUGGGAAUUAUGCGAUUUUAUCAAAUAUUUAUGCAGCGGCUGGUCGAUGGGAUGGUGUGGCUAAGACUAGGGUUCAAAUGAAGCACAUUCAGAAGCCAGCAGGGUCUAGUUGGAUAGAGCUUGAUGAUUCUCUCCAUGAAUUUACAGUUGGGGAUAGAUCACACCCUCACUCUUCUAGAAUUUUUAAGAUGAUCAAUAGAUUAGGACGACACUUAAAACAAGUUGGAUAUGUCCCAAAAGUCUUUUAGUGGAUUAAUUCCUGACAUAAGUUAUCAUAUUUCUGUCAAUAUAUAAAGAAAGUAAUAGGAGACAAUCAGAUCAACUCUUCCUUCAGCGCUGAAAGAAUAGUAAUCUGAUUUUUGUGGUAGGAUGGAAAAUUUUAUGCUCUCCUGCCACAGGAUGGGCCAUUUUAGCACCAUUUCUCGUUCGAGAGGAGGAUGAAGCUGAACAGGCGUUAAUGUGCCAAUGUAUAUUUUAUGCCAAAAGCUUCGGUAGUUCUCCUUCAAUGCUUUGGAGCAAUUCAUGAUUCAAAAAUUUCCUUGGAUGUAUAUAAUUGACAGAAUAAUGAUCUGAAUUUCGUAGUAGGAUGGAGAAUUGUCUUCUAUUAUACCGCAAUUUCUCAAAGGAGGAUGAAACUGAAGAAGUAGCUACUAAAGGUGCUCCACAUUGCAUUUUUCAAGACAGAAAAAACAGCACUUCUCAAGAUGUUUUGCUGUAAAAUGUUUAAAUUUAAGAUGGAAAAUUGUACGCUCGGUAUUUUGACAAGGAUACUGUAUAUAUAUUUCUUUGACAAUGGACAUGUUGUAUAGUUUUGAAUCCCUGGAAAAUACUUUUCAAUA